AUGCCAACGGCGUUUACAAACGGCGAACAUCCACCGUCUAUAAAACCCUUCCCCUUUCCCUUCGUCAUUUCCCUGCACCAUAACCGGUGGCUGUUCGAGACGAAGGGGACGUACGGGUACGGGAACGCCAUGUGGCCGGAGGAUAAUGCGGACAAAGGAGGCGACGGCGACGGCGGCGUUGCGACUCACGACCUGAAGUCGCUUCUCGCCGCCGACGGACGAGACUUCCUCGUCCGCAACAACGGCGAUCAGGUAAACAUUAGUAGUCUAGAUGGCAAGAUUGUCGGUCUCUACUUUUCAGCCUCGUGGUGUGGACCGUGCCACCGUUUCACCCCAAAGCUGGUCGAGGUUUACAACGAGCUGUCCUCUAAGGGUGGCAAGUUUGAGGUUGUCUUUAUCUCCUCUGAUGAGGAUGAGGACUCAUUUUCCACGUAUUUUUCGAACAUGCCAUGGCUUGCCAUCCCCUUUUCUGACUCUCAGACUCGAGACAACCUUAGUGAUCUAUUUGAUGUGGUUGGUAUACCUUGCCUUGUGAUCCUUGAUGAGAAUGGCAGGAUUCUUACAAAUAAAGGUGUAAGUACUGUGAAGGACUACGGAUCAGAGGCAUAUCCUUUCACACCUGAGAGAAUGGAGAAAAUGAAAGAAGAGGAAGAAUAUGCCAGGGAGAACCAAACUCUUCAACGUGUGUUGGUUUCUUCCUCCCGUGACUUUGUGAUCUCAAAUAAUGGGAACAAGGUGCCGGUUGCUGAACUAGAAGGGAAAAUCGUCGGCUUGUACUUCUCAAUUAGCUCUUUUGGAUCGCGCCGCGAAUUCACCCUACAGCUCGCUGAGAUGUAUAAGAAACUGCAGGAAAAAGGAGAGAGCUUUGAGGUUGUUCUGAUUUCACUGGAUGAUGACAAGUCAUCUUAUGAUCAAGGAUUUUCAGCCAUGCCAUGGCUUGCCGUACCCUUCAAGGACAGGAUUAUCGAUAGGCUUGUCCGAUAUUUCGAGCUUGAGACAGUCCCGACUCUUGUUAUAAUCGGCUCUGAUGGGAAGACCCUUCAUGCCAAUGCUGCGGAGCUUGUGGAAGAGUAUGGGAUUGACGCAUACCCUUUUAGUCCUGAGAAGUUGGGGGAGAUUGAGCAAAAAGAGAAGGCAAAGAUGGAAGCACAAACUCUGGAGUCACUACUUGUUUCUGGGGAGAAAGAUUAUGUCAUUGGGAAGGACGGUAUCAAGGUGCCUAUCUCGGAGCUCGUAGGCAAGAACAUCUUACUCUACUUCUCCGCACAGUGGUGUCCUCCAUGCCGAGCCUUUCUACCAAAACUCAUCGAAGCAUACCAUAAAAUCAAGGAAAAGGAUGCUGCAUUCGAAGUGAUUUUCAUCUCGAGCGACCAGGACCAGAGCUCUUUCGACGACUUCUUUUCAAAGAUGCCGUGGUUAGCUCUUCCCUUUGGAGACGAAAGGAAGAAAUCGUUGAGCCGCACUUUUAAGAUCUACGGCAUCCCCUCCCUCGUGGCCAUUGGCCCGACAGGAAAGACCAUCACCAAAGAAGCCAAAGAACUCGUUAGCAUCCAUGGGGCGGGCGCCUACCCUUUCACGAAGGAGCGGAUUGAGGAGCUAGAGGAGCAGAUACAGGAGAUGGCAAAGGGGUGGCCGGAAAAGCUGAAUCACAGCCUCCAUGAGGAACACGAGCUCGUAGUGACACGUCGGGCCGCAUAUGUGUGCGAUGCUUGCGAAGAGCAAGGGAACUGGUGGUCUUUUUAUUGUGAUAAGUGCGACUUUGAUCUUCAUCCGAAGUGUGCGCUAAACGAGGAUGGAGCUAAGGAGGGUUAUGUUUGUGAUGGAGAUGUUUGCUAUAAACCUUGAAGGCUUAUUUUUUGGUUUCCUUUCAGGUUUGAAUUUGCAUGAAUUAUAAGUGGUCUUUAAUGUAAAAAAUAUAUAUGUACUUUGUUUUCCAUGGAAGAGUCAUGAGAAACAACCUUGCAGAUCUAAUAAUAUUGUUGGAUGUAUUAUUAUUAAUGGUGACGUCAAUGUGAAGGAAAAUAUGAUUAUAUAUUGCAAUCUUUA